AGCAACUGUGCCCGGUCCGUUACCCGCAGCGGUCGCUGUUCAGAUCAGAUCCGAUCAGUGAGCGGAGCGGAGCGUUUUUCUCGUCAGUUACCGGGAUUCCACCUCUGGGUUGCGGGGUGUCGAGACACGGGGGCGGCGCAGUAUCGAGGUGGGGAGCCCGCAGGUCCGUGCGGAGAUGCUGAACAUGUGGAAAGUCAGGGAGCUGGUGGACAAAGCCACUAAUGUGGUGAUGAACUACUCAGAGAUAGAGUCUAAGGUUAGAGAAGCUACCAAUGAUGACCCCUGGGGGCCCUCUGGACAGCUAAUGGGAGAGAUAGCCAAAGCUACGUUUAUGUAUGAGCAGUUCCCAGAGGUGAUGAACAUGCUGUGGACCAGGAUGCUGAAGGAUAAUAAGAAGAACUGGAGAAGAGUGUACAAGGCCUUACUCUUGCUUGCCUACCUGAUCAGGAACGGCUCUGAGAGGGUCGUCACCAGCGCCAGAGAACACAUCUAUGACCUGCGAUCUCUAGAAAACUAUCACUUUAUCGAUGAGAAUGGGAAGGACCAAGGAAUAAACGUACGUCAGAAGGUGAAGGAGAUGGUGGAGUUCAUCCAGGAUGAUGACAGACUGAGAGAGGAGCGAAAGAAAGCAAAGAAGAACAAGGAUAAAUAUAUUGGAGUCUCCUCUGACAGUAUGGGCAGUGGAGGUGGCAGCUUUAAGAACUCGAACGAAUUGGAUCGGAAUAAGUGGGAUGAGGACUGGGACAAGAGCAGAGGAGCUUUCCCUUUCAGCGAGAAGCUCGGAGAGAUCAGUGACAAGAUAGGCAGCACCAUCGACGACACACUCAACAAGUUCAGAAAGAAGGAGCGAGACGACUCGCCUGACCGGAUCAGUGACAACGAGGAGGAGAGAGGAUCAAAAAACGGGAGGCAGGAGACGAUCGAAUUUAAAGACGAGGAGGAAACGGUCACGACGAAGAGCAUCCAGAUCACACAAGCGACAGAAACCACGACCACCACCACGAGGAAACGCAGCGGGGCGGCGAGCAGCAAGACGCUGGACCUGGGGGCUGCAGCGCACUACACCGGAGACAAGAGCCCAGAGGAAAAGUUGUCGGCAAAGCAGACUUCCAGCGGUGGACUGGCUGACCUACUGGUGAUUGACCCUUCAAACAACGAGAGCACAGCGGCGGCAGGGACUUCAGACCUCAUAGGGGGCUUUGCUGACUUCUCCUCACCUGCAGCCUCUGCCAGCCUCCCCACCUCCACUGCUGCUGCCUCUUCCAAUGGAAACGGAGAAUUUGGGGACUGGAGCUCCUUUUCAGGAAAUCCUCCCGCUCCAUCUAGCUCCGGUCCUUCGCAGCCGGUUACCGACCUGUUUGGCAGCGGACCGUCACCGCCACCACCGCCGGCUUCAAACCCGUCCUCUGUCCCCCCAUCUGCUGAACUGUUUGACCUGAUGAGCGGAGUCAACCAUCAGCCAACCAAUCCGCACACGACGCUCAGCGCUUCCCAGAGCAUGACCUUCUCUCUUGGCGGGGUGACACCGGGAGGAUCCGUUGCCAUGCCUACGAUGCCACACUCCCGCUCUCAACAGAAUUUGGUGGGCAUGGUGUCCCAGCAGCCAAUGGGAUCGCAGCAAAAGGCUGGAAUUGGAAGUCAGGGGUCGUUAGGGUCAACUUGGUCCGACCCGUCUGUCAAUAUCAGCCUGGACUUCCUGUCAGCUGGACUCAACCACACAAAGACACCACCAACUCUGAACAAUAUAAUCCAGCAACAAGGAGUGCCUCCAGUCAGCCUGUUGGCUCAGAGUUUUGGAGGACUAACCCUCAGCUCACCACCUCAUGUGGCUCCCAUCAGGCCGCCAGCCAACCCCAUCAUGGCCAGCGGCGCCAUGGCGAUGGGCAUGCCUGCUCCCCUGGGCGUGGGCAUGCCACCUUCCAUGGCCACCGGCCUGCAGAGCGGGAUUCCUGUGAACCCAGGGAUGAUGGGAAUGAACAUGAGCAUGAAUAUGGGCAUGGCCGCCCCGGUGAUGAUGGGUGGCAUGGCAGGUAUGGGGGUGCCAGGAGUGGGAAUGGGCCUGAGCCACUCCAUCAGCCCCGCCGUGGUCCCACCCAAACAAGAUGCCUUCGCUAACUUUGGCAGCUUUGGGAAAUGAAGGUUUGCAGUCAAGUGUGUGCGUUUGUUUGUGAAUGAGUGAGUGAGCAUGAAUGUGUGAAACUGCGAGUAAGCGAACUGCAGAAGGACUUUGCUGUACUUGAAGACAAACCUUGCAUGUUUCACUGUCUGCCUCUGGGCUUUGGUGAGCUGGCGCCGGUGACUCUUUGCCAUCGGUUCCCACCGAUUCGCCGCAGAAGAAAGCAGAGGUGGAGCGAAGGUGUUGGUACAUAAUCAUCAUUACUUCCCUUUACUGGAAAAAUCAUUGUCUUCACGAGUUUUUAUAAAACCAUAUGUUAUCCUC